AAAUACAAAACGACACUAAUUAAAAAAAAACACAUAUAAACCCUAGGGCCUCCAGGUGCCUUCGCCGGCGGCCAUGGACGAUCCCCAAAUCCUCGAUCUUAUCAAGGAGCUCGUCGUUCGCCUCCUCUCUCCUACAGGUUCCCCCUCUCGAAUCGCUGCUGAUGAGCUGCCCCGCGCUCUCCGUUUCGCCCAUCGCUUGCUCUCCAGCUGCAUGGCACCUUCCAUCGCCCCUGACGAGCUCGCCAUGGCCGAGUCUAUCAAGCGCCAAAUGGCUUCGUCCGGUCGCUCUUCGGAAGCUCUUGCCUUCGCGGACCUCCACACCAAGCUCUCCGCCCGAUCCGCCGCCCCCGGCGCAAUCCGCAACCGUUGGGCACUCCUAUAUCUCCUCAAAUCUCUCUCUGACUCCCGCCGGCGCGAAACACUUCCUACUUCGCCGGCUAACAUCGGCCUCCCUGCUCUCCCACUUGAUCCGCAGCCCAGCCACCAAUCGCCUACUGCUGCCAAGAAAUUUCUACCUCCUUCUGGAGGUAUUCUCCUUGUAUCCAAAGAUCCUGAGAACAUUCGCGAGAUCGCACUCAGAGAAUAUGCAGAUCUGGUCAUGGACGAAUCUGAGGCGACUGAGUCUGCCAUCGUGAGGGACAUCCUCUUUGUUUGCCAGGGGAUUGACGGCCGAUACGUGAGAUUUGACAAGAUGGCAAACUGUUAUGAUUUACCUGAGUCGUUGAAGCUUCCAAGAGCCAUGAAAACAAUGGUCCGCAAGCUCUGUGAACUUGGAUGGCUCUUCAGAAAGGUAAGGGGUUUCAUUACUGAAAGUAUGAGUUGCUUUCCUGCUGAGGAGAUUGGCACUGUUGGUCAGGCUUUCUGCUCCGCUCUUCAGGAUGAGCUUUCAGACUAUUACAAACUCUUGGCUGUGCUUGAAUCCCACUCUUCAAAUCCAAUUCCAACUCCAGGAUCCAUUUCUGGAGUGCCAGGUAACUACUUAUCUAUGCGGCGGCUUCAAGUCUGGCUUGCUGAACCAACUGUGAGGAUGAGAUUGAUGGCAGUUCUGGUCGAUGGCUGUCGAGCUCUGAGAGGUGGGGCAAUGGCUGGAGCAAUACAUGAGCAGGCACACCAUGGGGAUCCUUUAGUGCAGGAUUUCAUGGGUCGUCUAUUGCUGAGGGCAUGCUCACCUCUGUUUGAGAUGGUCCGGAGUUGGGUUUUGGAGGGUGAAUUGGAGGACAUGUUCUCUGAGUUCUUCAUACAGAGCCAAGCGGUUAAGGCGGAGGCUUUAUGGCAAGAAGGCUACCAAAUCCAGGCAGCAAUGCUGCCUUCUUUUAUUUCUCCUUCUUUAGCACAGAGGAUCUUGAGGACAGGGAAGUCCAUUAACUUCCUCAAAGUUUGCUGUGAAGACACUGGUUGGGCUGCUGCUGCCUCAGAAGCAGCAGCUCAUGUUGGGAAAACAACUAGAAGGGGUGGGAUUGUAUAUGGGGAGACAGAUGCUUUAGAAGCACUUGUUGUUGAGGCAGCUAAACGGAUUGAUAGCCACUUGCUGAAUGUGAUUCAUAAGCAUUAUCGGUUCAAAGAUCAUUGUCUUGCAAUCAAAAGGUAUUUACUUCUUGGCCAGGGUGACUUUGUGCAGUACUUGAUGGAUAUUGUUGGUCCAGAGCUCUCUGAGCCAGCCAACACUAUAAGCUCAUUCCAGUUGGCUGGUUUGCUAGAGACUGCAAUCCGUGCAUCCAAUGCACAGUAUGAUGAUCAUGAUAUUUUAGACCGUCUGAAGGUAAAAAUGAUGGAGCAUAGUGAUGGUGAUAGAGGAUGGGAUGUUUUCUCUUUGGAGUAUGAUGCAAGGGUGCCUCUAGACACAGUAUUUACAGCAAUUGUCAUGAAGAAAUACUUGAAAAUUUUCAAUUUUUUAUGGAAACUCAGAAGGGUUGAGCAUGCAUUGCUUGGGGUAUGGAAGAUGAUGAAGCCAAAUUCCAUAAUUUCUUGUAUAUUCACCAAAGAAGGUGCAUCUGUCAAGACUCAGUUUGUCUCCAUUCUUCGAAGAUGCCAAGUACUAUGGAAUGAGAUGAAUCAUUUUGUGACAAACUUUCAAUACUAUAUCAUGUUUGAGGUUCUAGAGGUUUCAUGGGCACACUUUUCAGAAGAAAUGGAUGCUGCAAGAGAUUUGGAUGAUCUUCUUGCUGCUCACGAUAAGUAUCUCAAUUCAAUUGUUGAGAAGUCUCUUUUGGGGGAACGAUCGCUAGGCGUUUUUAAGAUCCUCUUUGAUCUGUUUGAUCUUAUUUUGCGUUUUCGAAGCCAUGCAGAGAGGUGGUUUGAAAGUAUAUUUGAACUGCAACAAAGAGGGAGAGGCAAAUCAAGGACAAAAAAUAAGGAACAUGGUUCUUGGCUUGAUGGUGGUAGGAAAGCCAUCAUGCAACAAGCUGGACAAUUUCUUAAGUUAAUGAGUGAAGAUCUGGACAAAAUAGCUAAAGAAUAUUCAGCGUCACUUGAUGCUUUUAUUUAUCAGUUACCAAUGCAACAACAUGUUGAUUUGAAGUUCCUUCUCUUUCGUUUAGACUUUACUGAAUACUACACUCGGCUUUCACCUAGUAAGUAGAGUGCACUGUACCCUGGAAGAAGCAAGUUGUAGCAGAAGUUCGUUGGCAUUUUGGAGUGUUGUUUGUUUCAAUUUUUAUAGGGACAUAAAGAUAUCUAGCGUUUUUGCUCCACGGGAAUUUAGUGUGUUUAAGCUUGUACUUUCUGUUCAAAGGCAUGAUUCUUUAGUAAAAGAUGGAAUCUACCUCCUGCUUCACCCUUUACCAUCAUCUCGCAUAUUUUCUUUCCAAUUGUGGCUCAGGUGACACAUGCAGAAAUUAUGCAAGUUCCUGAACUACUAGUGUAGAGAAGCUUUCUCUUGGACUUUUUAAAAAUCAAUUUCUUUCAAUCAUUUUUGAUUCUCUGGCACUUGCAUCUUGAGAGCCUCAUUAUGAGCCAAAAAGUGGCCAUUGAUAUUGGAGUACCGAGAGGAAUGAAAGAAAAGAAAAAUAGCAGAUUGGGGCGCCACACUUUGGAUGAGCUUAAUGAAAAAGAGUGGCCAUGCCAAACAACUAUGUAUUGAGCCUCUCCGCUAUCAUUGGGAAGGUUACACUAUCCACCAGAGGUUAGAAUGGUGGCAUUGUUAAUGGGGAUAAAAUAUAUAUCAUGAAGCCAUUUGGGAAAGACAUGUUUUAUGUAAUUAUUGUACUAAAUUGAUUAAUUCAUAAUCUGAUGAUUAUUGGAAUUAUUUA